AAUCCACUGGGAACUAUACCAAUCAGAUGCCUGAUUUUUCUUUAGAAACCUCCUGGAAUACAUGAUUUAAUAAUUAUUAUGAAGAAAUUAUUUUAAGACAUACUUUAACUAAUAUCUAAAUGAUUGAGACAUGUUGUAGUUGAUGACAGACAUGUUGUGUUGGUAUUCACAGAUAUGAGUGUAAUGUAUCUCUCUCUCUGUCUAUGCAAGAUUCUGGUUGCUUUAUACUACUAUGAGUUCCAGCAGCGCCCCUCCAUGUUCAAUACUAGCAGGCCAGUCUUUGUUAAAGCAGACCACUUUGAUGAGGUUGGCUUUGUGUUUGGCGCCCCCUUUUGGACGGAUGACAUAGUGAUGUUAGAUAACACGACAGAGGAGGAACGACAGCUUAGCAGGACCAUGAUGAAAUACUGGACUAACUUUGCCAGAACAGGUAACCCUAAUGGAGAGAAUAUGUUUGAUUGGCCGACAUUCACCACAGAAGAAGAGUGUCUACUGAUCCAGGCCAACCUUGGGCUGGGCAGUGUCUCAGAGAAGAAGAGAGCCCAGUUCUGGACAGAAGACUUCCCCAAAAUACUGCAGACUGCUGGACACAAAGACACACACAAUGACCUGUAG